UCUCCUUAGGAGGGUGGGAGUGGUGGCCGUAGAAAUAAACUGCGAGGGCGGUGAACGCAACACUCCGCUAAACAGCACAACAGCAAACAGCCGCUUCAUAACCAGCUCCGUCUCCUCCACAGGAAGUUCACCCGGACUACACGCUGCAUCCUCCAACUACCGGCCGGGCCUGGUCCCGGUGUGGGUCCAUGUCCGAGGAAUCUCUCCUCAGGGGGCUUUAAAGCGACAGCAGGCGGCUCCCCGAGCGGUUUAUUUACUUUAGAGGUUGACAGAAGGCGUCAGGAUGCUGUGGCUGCUGCUGUGUCUGCUUACUCCGAUGGGCAUGAGCAAAAUCGCCACCCACGGCAUCGCUUCUAAAGAAAGACACAUCCACGAAGAGGUUGCCGUGACGACAAGGCCUCACAUCUAUUACUGCCGCUCGCCCAACAUGGAGGACUUCACCUGCUGGUGGCAUCCGCUCGAAAACCUGACAAAUGGAGAGCAGGUCACCUACGUCCUCAGCUACUCCAAAGAUAAGGGGCCCAAACAUGAAUGUCCAGACUACGUGACUGCCGGCCCCAACAGCUGCCAUUUCGACAGCAGCCACACGUCCAUAUGGAAGAUCUACUGUAUGAACGUGACCGCCAUCACCGCCCACAGGAACUACACUUCCCAGGAGCACUGCCUGGACGUGGCAGACAUAGUUCAGACCGAAGCUCCGGUUAACCUGACGUACACGCUGAAGGACGCCGGCGGGGAAGAGAAUGGCCACAACGUGCUGCUGUCCUGGGCGUACCCGGUGCCCUCCGACCUGCAGUACGGGUGGAUCACGCUGGUGCACGAGCUGCAGUACAGACGUGUCACCGAGCCCGACAACUGGAAGGUGAAGUACCCUCUGCGGGAGCCUCAAGUGGUGCUGCUCUGUCUCCCCGUCGGCGACUACGUGGUCCGAGUUCGCUGCCGGUCGCACAACUACGGCCUGUGGAGCAAAUGGAGCUCCACCAUGCUGAUGAGCAUCCCCGCCAGGCCGCCCGCAGGUAAACUCCUGGUGUGGAUUCUGGUGUCAGGAGUCAGUGUCGUGGCUCUGCUGGUUAUCGCCUUCAGUGUUAUUCCACAGAGCAGGAGAAUAAAAGACUACUUCCUCCCGCCCAUUCCAAAGCCACGGAUCAUCGGCAUCGAUCCACUGCUCUUGAAGAAGAGGAACUUGGACGAAAUCAACCAUCACUUCAGUAACUUCCACAGCUACAGACCUCCGAGCUACACUGAGGAGGUUUGGGACCCAGUCAACGCUGAAGACGUCUAUCUCACCAUGCCGAAGGGCUGCAGAGUCCCGGCCGACCCGACAGACAGGGAGAACGACGCCUUAAUGGUCCCUUGUGACCUGACACCUUUGGCCGCUUCUCAUCAGUUCACCCAAAACCCUUCGUUGUACAUGCAGAGCGUGUCGCCCUACUGCUCCUCGUCUCCUGUAGCCUUCGCCCCGUCGCUGGACAUGUCUUCCCCGUGGCCGAUGCCGGACAUCGUGUCGCUGCCGGGGACAGAGUACAGCAUGAUGGGCCAUGCCGGCCUUAACGCUGUCCCUGCUCCUGACACCACCAACCGCUCACCACAGGAUUUCUACACCUGCGUCCAGCUCAUGAAUGAAAGCGGCGAGGUGCAUCUGGUGCCCUGCCUGCCUAAGGCAUACUGCCGCGAAUUCUCGUCUCUCCAGAGGGUUGAUUUAGAUGCAGGGGAGAAGGAGGGGAUGAAGAAGAAGCUAGCCGACCACCAGGCUAGGACCAAUAUGAUAAACCGUCCAAAAGAUGGAGGCGAGGCUGAGAGGAGCGAGGCGGCGGACCCUCUGCUGCCUGUUGCUGCUGAUAACAAGGGCUGAACAGAUCUGAAAAAAGAAAUACUGUGAGAGCUGGUGAGUGUGUUGAAACAUGGAGACUGUUGCCAUCUUCGCAGAGAGAAUCUCCUGUAACCGGCUGGUUUCACACACGACUCUGCUCCUGUUCUGUUCAGAUAAGAAGAGCGCCCGGGUGAUUUCAAAACAGGAA